AUGGCCCUGUUCAUUCACCUCAAGACAGUCUCGGAGCUGCGGGGCAAGAGCGACCGGAUCGCUAAAGUGACUUUCCGAGGCCAGUCCUUCUACUCCCGGGUGCUGGAGAACUGUGAAGAUGUGGCUGACUUUGACGAGACGUUCCGGUGGCCGGUAGCCAGCGGCAUCGACAGAAGUGAAAUGCUGGAGAUUCAGAUUUUCAACUAUAGCAAAGUCUUCAGUAACAAGCUCAUUGGGACCUUCCGCAUGGUGCUGCAGCAGGUGGUGGAGCAGAGUCACGUGGAGGUGACGGACACGCUGAUGGAUGACAAUAAUGCAAUCAUCAAGACCAGCUUGAGUGUGGAGGUCCGGUACCAGGCCGUGGAUGGCACAAUGGGCUCCUGGGACGAUGGAGACUUUCUGGGGGAUGAGUCUCUUCAAGAGGAAGAGAAGGACAGCCAGGAGACGGAUGGCCUGCUGCCUGGCUCCAGGCCCAGCUCCCGGCCUCCUGGCGAGAAGAGCUUCCGCAGCAAAGGCAGAGAGAAGACCAAGGGAGGCAGAGAUGGCGAGCACAAAGCCGGGAGGAGCGUGUUCUCCGCCAUGAAGCUUGGCAAGAACCGACCCCACAAGGAGGAGCCCCAAAGAUCAGACGAACCGGCAGUGCUGGAGAUGGAGGACCUCAACCACCUGGCCAUGCAGCUGGGGGAUGGGCUGGACCCCGACUCCAUGUCUCUUGCCUCUGUAACAGCGGUUACCACCAAUGUCUCCAACAAGCGGUCAAAACCAGACAUUAAGAUGGAGCCGAGUGCGGGGCGACCCAUGGACUACCAGGUCAGUAUCACAGUGAUCGAGGCUCGGCAGCUGGUGGGCUUGAACAUGGACCCCGUGGUGUGCGUGGAAGUGGGCGAUGACAAGAAGUACACAUCCAUGAAGGAGUCCACGAACUGCCCGUACUAUAAUGAGUAUUUCGUCUUCGACUUCCAUGUCUCUCCCGACGUCAUGUUUGACAAGAUCAUCAGGAUCUCGGUGAUACACUCCAAGAACCUGCUACGCAGUGGCACCCUGGUGGGCUCCUUCAAAAUGGACGUGGGGACUGUGUACUCCCAGCCUGAACACCAGUUCCAUCACAAGUGGGCCGUCCUGUCGGACCCCGAUGACAUCUCUGCUGGGCUGAAGGGCUAUGUGAAGUGUGACGUCGCCGUGGUGGGCAAGGGUGACAAUAUCAAGACACCCCACAAGGCCAACGAGACGGAUGAGGAGGACAUUGAGGGGAACUUGCUCCUGCCUGAGGGCGUACCUGCAGAACGCCAGUGGGCCCGGUUCUAUGUGAAAAUAUACCGCGCAGAGGGGCUGCCCCGCAUGAACACAAGCCUCAUGGCCAACGUCAAGAAGGCAUUCAUCGGUGAAAACAAGGACCUCGUUGACCCCUAUGUGCAGGUCUUCUUCGCUGGUCAGAAGGGCAAGACAUCAGUGCAGAAGAGCAGCUAUGAGCCGCUGUGGAACGAGCAAGUGGUCUUCACAGAUCUGUUCCCCCCACUCUGCAAACGCAUAAAGGUGCAGAUCCGAGACUCAGACAAGGUCAAUGAUGUGGCCAUUGGCACCCACUUCAUCGACCUGCGCAAGAUUUCCAAUGAUGGAGACAAAGGCUUCCUGCCCACACUGGGCCCGGCCUGGGUGAACAUGUAUGGCUCCACUCGCAACUACACACUGCUGGAUGAACACCAGGACCUGAAUGAGGGCCUGGGCGAGGGCGUGUCCUUCCGUGCCCGCCUCAUGCUGGGCCUGGCCGUGGAGAUCCUGGAUGCCUCCAACCCUGAGCUCACCAGCUCCACAGAGGUGCAAGUGGAGCAGGCCACGCCCAUCUCCGAGAGCUGCACAGGGAAAAUGGAAGAAUUCUUUCUGUUUGGAGCCUUCCUAGAAGCCUCAAUGAUCGAUCGGAAAAAUGGAGACAAACCAAUCACUUUUGAGGUGACCAUAGGCAACUAUGGGAAUGAAGUUGAUGGCUUAUCACGGCCCCAGCGGCCCCGGCCCCGGAAAGAGACUGGGGACGAGGAGGAAGUGGACUUGAUCCAGAACUCGAGCGACGACGAGGCAGACAACAGCGGGGACCUGGCUUCUGUUUCCUCUACCCCACCCAUGCGACCCCAGGUCACAGACAGAAACUAUUUCCACCUGCCCUACCUGGAACGCAAGCCGUGCAUCUACAUCAAGAGCUGGUGGCCAGACCAGCGUCGCCGCCUGUACAACACCAAUAUCAUGGACCACAUAGCGGACAAGCUGGAAGAAGGACUGAGUGAUGUGCAGGAGAUGAUCAAGACGGAAAAGCCCUUCCCGGAGCGGCGGUUGCGGGGCGUGCUGGAGGAGCUGAGCUGUGGCUGCCACCGCUUCCUGUCCCUCGCUGACAAAGACCAGGGGCAUGCGUCCCGUACCAAGCUCGACCGAGAGCGCCUCAAGUCAUGCAUGCGGGAGCUGGAGAGCAUGGGCCAGCAGGCAAGGACUCUGAGGGCGCAAGUGAAACGACACACGGUGCGGGACAAACUGCGGCUAUGCCAGAACUUUCUGCAGAAGCUACGCUUCCUGGCAGAUGAGCCGCAGCACAGCAUCCCCGACGUGUUCAUCUGGAUGAUGAGCAACAACAAGCGCAUCGCCUAUGCCAGGGUGCCCUCCCAGGACCUGCUCUUCUCGCUGGUACAGGAGGAGAUGGGCAAGGACUGCGCCAAGGUCAAGACGCUCUUCCUCAAGCUGCCCGGGAAGAGGGGCUUCGGCUCAGCAGGCUGGACGGUGCAAGCCAAACUGGAGCUUUACCUGUGGCUAGGCCUCAGCAAGCAGCGCAAAGACUUCCUGUGUGGCCUGCCCUGCGGCUUUGAGGAGGUCAAGGCAGCCCAGGGCCUGGGCCUGCACUCCUUCCCGCCUAUCAGCCUGGUUUACACCAAGAAACAGGCCUUCCAGCUCCGAGCUCACAUGUACCAGGCCCGCAGCCUCUUUGCUGCAGACAGCAGUGGACUCUCGGACCCCUUCGCCCGCGUCUUCUUCAUCAACCAGAGUCAGUGCACAGAGGUGCUAAACGAGACCCUGUGCCCGACCUGGGACCAGAUGCUGGUGUUUGACAACCUGGAGCUGUAUGGCGAGGCCCACGAGCUGCGGGACGACCCCCCCAUAAUUGUCAUUGAAAUCUACGACCAGGACACCAUGGGCAAAGCCGACUUCAUGGGCCGUACCUUUGCCAAGCCCCUGGUGAAGAUGGCAGACGAGGCAUACUGCCCACCCCGCUUCCCGCCCCAGCUGGAGUACUACCAGAUCUACCGCGGCAAUGCCACAGCUGGGGACCUACUGGCUGCCUUUGAGCUCCUGCAGAUUGGGCCAGCAGGGAAGGCCGACCUGCCCCCCAUCAAUGGCCCGGUGGACGCCGACCGAGGGCCUAUCAUGCCCGUGCCUGUGGGCAUCCGCCCCGUGCUGAGCAAGUACCGGGUGGAGGUGCUGUUCUGGGGCCUGCGGGACCUGAAGCGGGUAAACCUAGCACAAGUGGACCGGCCACGGGUGGACAUCGAGUGUGCAGGGAAGGGGGUGCAAUCGUCCCUGAUCCACAACUACAAGAAGAACCCCAACUUUAGCACCCUGGUCAAGUGGUUUGAGGUGGAUCUCCCCGAGAAUGAGCUCCUGCACCCACCCCUGAACAUCCGCGUGGUGGACUGCAGGGCCUUCGGCCGCUACACCCUGGUGGGCUCACAUGCCGUCAGCUCCCUACGGCGCUUCAUCUACCGGCCUCCAGACAGCUCAGCCACCAGCUGGAACACCACAGGGGAGAUUGUGGUGAGCAUGGAGCCAGAGGUACCUGUGAAGAAACUGGAGACCAUGGUGAAACUGGACGCGACCUCUGAUGCUGUUGUUAAGGUGGACGUGGCCGAGGAGGAGAAGGACAAGAAGAAGAAGAAAAAGAAGGGCAACUUGGAAGAGCCGGAGGAGGAGGAGACAGAUGAGAGCGUGCUGGACUGGUGGUCCAAGUACUUUGCCUCCAUCGACACCAUGAGGGAGCAACUGCGACAAGAGGCCUCGGGAAUUGACAUCGAAGAGAAGGAGGAAGCAGACAACGUAGAGGGCCCCAAAGGGCCUGUGAAGGGCAAGGAGAAGGCGAGGGCUGCCAAGGAGGAGAAGAAGAAGAAGAUGCAUACCCCCAUCAUCAGCCAGGGGUCCGAGCCCCCCGAGAAGAAGAAACCCAAAAUUGACGAGCUGAAGGUGUAUCCCAAGGAGCUGGAGUCAGAGUUUGACAACUUCGAGGACUGGCUGCACACCUUCAACCUGCUGCGGGGCAAGACCGGGGACGAUGAGGACGGCUCCACCGAGGACGAGCGUAUUGUGGGCAGGUUCAAGGGCUCCCUGUGUGUGUACAAGGUACCGCUCCCAGAGGAUGUGUCCCGCGAAGCUGGCUACGACCCGACUUACGGCAUGUUCCAGGGCAUCCCCAGCAAUGACCCCAUCAAUGUGCUGGUCCGCGUCUACGUGGUCCGGGCCACAGACCUGCACCCGGCUGACAUCAACGGCAAAGCCGACCCCUACAUCGCUAUCCGGCUCGGCAAGACCGACAUCCGAGACAAGGAGAACUACAUCUCCAAGCAGCUCAACCCCGUCUUUGGGAAGUCCUUCGACAUUGAGGCCUCCUUCCCCAUGGAGUCCAUGCUGACCGUGGCCGUGUACGACUGGGACCUGGUGGGCACUGAUGACCUCAUUGGGGAGACCAAGAUCGACCUGGAGAACCGCUUCUACAGCAAGCACCGGGCCACCUGUGGCAUUGCACACACCUACUCCACACAUGGCUACAACAUCUGGCGGGACCCCCUAAAGCCCAGCCAAAUUCUGAGCCGCCUCUGCAAAGAGGGCAAGGUGGACGGUCCUCACUUUGGGCCCCCCGGAAGGGUGAAGGUGGCCAACCGCGUCUUCACAGGGCCUUCAGAGAUCGAGGACGAGAAUGGUCAGAGGAGGCCCACGGACGAGCACGUGGCACUGUCUGCCCUGCGGCACUGGGAGGACAUCCCACGUGUGGGCUGUCGCCUGGUGCCAGAGCACGUGGAGACGAGGCCACUGCUGAACCCCGACAAGCCAGGCAUUGAGCAGGGCCGCCUGGAACUGUGGGUGGACAUGUUCCCCAUGGACAUGCCAGCCCCUGGGACACCUCUGGACAUCUCUCCCCGGAAGCCCAAGAAGUACGAGCUGCGGGUCAUUGUGUGGAACACGGACGAGGUGGUCCUGGAGGACGACGACUUCUUCACUGGGGAGAAGUCCAGCGACAUCUUUGUGCGAGGGUGGCUGAAGGGCCAGCAGGAGGACAAGCAGGACACAGACGUGCACUACCACUCACUCACGGGUGAGGGCAACUUCAACUGGCGCUACCUGUUCCCCUUCGACUACCUGGCGGCCGAGGAAAAGAUCGUCAUCUCCAAGAAGGAGUCCAUGUUCUCCUGGGAUGAGACCGAGUACAAGAUCCCCGCGCGGCUCACGCUGCAGAUCUGGGACGCCGACCACUUCUCCGCCGAUGACUUCCUGGGGGCCAUUGAGCUGGACCUGAACCGGUUCCCACGUGGAGCCAAGACAGCCAAGCAGUGCACCAUGGAGAUGGCCACGGGGGAGGUGGACGUGCCCCUGGUUUCCAUCUUCAAGCAGAAGCGUGUCAAGGGCUGGUGGCCCCUCCUCGCCCGCAACGAGAAUGACGAGUUUGAGCUCACGGGCAAGGUGGAAGCUGAGCUGCAUUUACUGACAGCUGAAGAGGCAGAGAAGAACCCAGUGGGCCUGGCCCGUGGUGAACCUGACCCCCUGGAGAAACCCAACCGGCCUGACACGGCCUUCGUGUGGUUCCUCAACCCGCUCAAGUCCAUUAAGUACCUCAUCUGCACCCGCUACAAGUGGCUCAUCGUCAAGAUCGUGCUGGCACUGCUGGGGUUGCUGAUGCUGGCGCUGUUCCUCUACAGCAUGCCCGGCUACAUGGUCAAGAAGCUGCUGGGGGCCUAAGGGCCCCGUGCCCACUCCUUUU